AACGAAUUUCCAGUUCUACCACUUUCUCGUUUUUCACCAUGCCUGGCAUUAUCACCCAACCUUCUACCCUCUCUGUCCCUCAUGACCCCUCUGAGCUACCUCCUGGCUCUGACCCUUUCCUUAUUACUGCCCAGAAUGGCUACCUUCCUACCCAACUGCCUCUUCGGAGGUUGCCCAAGGCCUUUGAUGCAUUGAGCGAUAUCCUCGACAACAUGCCUAUCCUCAAGGAAGAUGGUACUGCCGGUCUUCUUGCCACCUUCAAGCUUGGCCCCCUCAUUGACUCUGGCGCUUUGCCGGAUCUGACCCAUGAGAUCGAUAAUCUUGUUGUUGAGGGUGGUAAGGUCGAUAUGGCUGCUAUCACUGCUGCUUUCCGUGAUUACUCCUUCGUUGCUUCUUCUUAUUUGCUUGAACCUUGCUGGCAGGUGUAUAGCAACAAUGCUGAUGAUGGGUAUGGUCUUGGACGUCAGGUCCUUCCCAAGUGUAUCGCUGGGCCUUUGGUCAAGUGUGCUGAGAUCCUUGACAUCCCAGCAUUCAUGUCCUAUGCUGCUUCGUACGCUUUGUACAACUACUACCUCGUCGACCCUUCCAAGGGCCAUGAUGAAUACUCCAACAUCCGUCUGAUCCGCGCAUUUGAGAAAGGUCUUGACCCGAAGUCAUCCGAAGCUGGCUUCAUCCUCACCCACAUCCACAUGGUCGCUCAGACCGGCAAGCUAAUUGAAGGUGCCGCCGGUGUCGUUGAAGCCGUCGAUGCAGCUCGCAGCGACAAGAAAGAUGACCACGCCAUCCCCGACGCCAAAGUCGGUCUUCAAUCCAUCCUCCAAGCCAUGACGGUCAUCGAAGCCAACAUGGAGAAAAUGUGGGCAAACUCUCUACCCAAAGAUUACAUGACCUACCGCACCUUCAUCUACGGCAUCACCAACCAAUCCAUGUUCCCCGACGGUGUCGUCUACGAGGGCCAAUACGACGACAAACCCCAAUUCUUCCGCGGCGAGUCUGGCGCCAACGACAGCAUCAUCCCCCUCCUCGACCACGUCUGCGAGAUCCCCAUGCCCGAAAACCCGCUCACUCAGAUCUUGAGAGAAUUCCGUCAAUACAGACCUAAACCCCACCGCGAAUUCCUCACCACCAUCCGUGAGAAGGCCGCUGACGUCGGCGUCCGCGACUUCCUCACCAACUCCGGCGAUCUCAGCCUCGUGGUCCUGUACCUCCGCGUUCUCGACCACAUCCGCAGUUUCCGCUGGCGUCAUUGGCAAUUCACCCGUGAAUACAUCAUCAAGCGCACUUCGCACCCCGUGGCCACCGGAGGAAGCCCAAUCAUCACAUGGUUGCCCAACCAGCUCAGCGCAGUCAUGCAAUUGAUGGAAGAUGUAUGCAAAGGUUCUGGAUUGUGGGCCGUUCUCGCCGAGGGUGUUUGGAGCGGUGGCGGUGCUGCUGCAUCCUUGACCAAGAAGGAAUUCGAAUUGAUCAAGGAUAUCAUGGAUAAUGCGGUGGAUCAGAAGGAGAAGCUUGCGAAAGAGGUUGCCAAGUAUUGUCAGGACAGAGGUGUUGAUGCUUCGAAGGUUUAGUUUUUGUGUUUAGUUAUUUGGUAAUUGUCUCUCGCUGUGUUGCUCUUUAGUAGAAAAAUUGAUUUACUGUC